AAAUUGGAGAUACGCACCGGUAAUUCGAUGUAACCUAAAUUUCGUGUAUAUAUUAAUUAUUUACGUAUUAUCCUGAUGAUAAAUCGUAAAUAUAAUGGACAGAGCAAGAAAGAAGAAAGAGAGAAUAUGAUAUUACAAUGACAGAUAAAAAAUCACAAAUCGCACGGAUGAGAAUCGAAUAUCACACGAAAAUAUUUGCCUCGAUGUGUCCGGAUGAAAUAUUGGAUUAUUACGACGAUUAUAAAACUCGAAUGUAUUACACGACUUUAAUGCUUGGCGAUGUGUCGGGUUUCACAGAGCUCGCCGAGAAAUACACUAAGAUUGGAAAAGGCGGGCCAUCGAAAUUAUCGGAGACAUUGAACUCUUAUAUCGGUGCUAUGGUGCAAGAAAUACUUUAUCACGAAGGUGACGUGUUGAAAUUUUCCGGGGACGCGUUCAUAGUGAUGUGGAAGCUUCACAAAGGGAUGAUGAUGCGAGAUUUGGCCGUGACAGCGAUGCAAACUGCUUGCAUCAUUCAGAAACACUUUGGAACUUACGAAACUGAAAUUGGAGUCACUCUUAAAGUAAAAUUGGCAAUUGCUUCUGGGAAAAUAUAUUUCACGUCUAUCGGAGAUCCAGACACCAUGUCUUACUACAUUAUCACCGGAAAACCGGUAUGGGAUGUGAAAUUUGCUGAAGGCCUUUGUCGAGGAGGCGAUAUCAUAGUAGCUCCGAGUAGCUGGCAAUGGGUGAAUCCGCACGAAUAUAUCCAUGAAACACUUCCCGAUGGUAUACACACCCUUAUUAUAACUUGCACAGCCAUGUGGUAUCAAGUGGUAUCAAGGGAAGAUGAAAUAACCGAGGAAGAAGAGGAGGAGGAAUAUACGAUAGAAAAAUACGAUCCAAGCAUCAUAGCCAGAAUGCGUAUAGAGGAAGAACCUGAAUUGGACGAAUUGCUGACCAGGCAACGAUACGAGCAUGAAAAGUUCGAGGAGGUCGAUUACAGCUGUAAGAGAAUCGUAGUGUGUCGAAAUAAAGAAAUUCUAUGCUUAGAAACGCAUGUUUUAGUACGGCCUAAAGUUAUAAAAGCGGCAGAAAGUCAUCUGAAAGGAGCUUUAAAAAGUUACAUGUUGAGACCUGUCGUUCGUUCCGUGGAAAUGGACGAACCAUUGGAAUAUCUAACCGAAAUGAGACAAGUGGUGAUUCUGUUCAUCAAUGCGAUUACCGUCGAUGUGUACAAAGAAGCUUUAGUUAAUUUAGUGAAUAUCGUUUAUAAAUUUGUGUGCCAGAUCGUCGGUGAAAUGCACGGAUGCGUGAACAAGACGUCCCUCUUCGACAAAGAUUUGAUGUUCCUCUGCGUGUUCGGUUUAAGAGGCGAUAAGCACGAAUUAGAGUCGCAGAUCGGUUUGAAAUGCGCGUUUAAAUUAAGAUCCACUCUCACGGAGAUGAAAAAUAUUAAAUCCGUGACCGUAGCUGUGACCACAGGGAUGACGUAUUGUGGAGUAGUUGGACAUAUUUUGCGAAGGGAAUAUACAGUGAUCGGAACGUCGGUGAAUAAAGCUGCGAGGCUUAUGGUAGCUUAUAAGGACAAGGUGAUUUGUGAUCGAGAAAGUUUUCUUCAUUCUCAUCUGGAGGCUAGUCAUUUCAUUUUACAAGAGCCAAAAUACUUGAAGGGGAUCUCACAUAUUGGACCGAUAUACGAGUUCGAAGAACAUCCAAAGUUCGUCUCGUCGUAUUUAAUUUGGAAUUCAUAUCCUUUACUCGAUCGAAUCAAUGAAAUUAAAACGUUUAAAUCGAUGUUAACAAAAAUGAUAGAGUAUAACACUAUAAAUAAAGAAGAACGUGGUCCACGACCAGAAUACAACACGCUUGUUAUAAAGGGUGAACCACGAAUAGGAAAGACAAGAUUGCUAGAUGAAUUUACACGGAAUAUUUCACCGAACAUACGUUAUAAUUAUAUUAACUUGCAACCAGAAGAUAGCCAGAACCCGUACAUGAUGAUGAAUUUAAUAUUUUCAAAAGCUCUCGAUUUUACCGCGAUGUCCACGCAAAAAGAACGCGAGGAUAAACUACUUUUGCGUCUAGGAAAGGUGAAAUACCCGUAUUUCCUGUGUGUUUUCAAUGAACCUUUCAACGUAAAAUUCCCUAUCACUUCUAAUUACAACGAUUUAAACGAGACACAGAAACGAAAGCUUUUAAGGAAGUUCUUAUUAAAAUUAAUAAAAGGUAGUUUCAGAGAGUUGUGGGUGAAUAUCAUAGAUGAUGCGGAAUAUAGCGACCCAAAUUCCUUAGAGAUAAUAGAAUUGCUUGGAAUAGACAAGUGGUAUCAUGCUGCGUUAGCGUGUCAGAUGCUUAACGUCAAUGGUCUACCCGCGGAGCUUGAAAAAAUAAUACAGGAAAAAAGUCUCGGUAAUCCUGGUUGGAUCGAAAGUUAUCUAUUGAGUCUUCUUCAAGUUGGAGAUAUAGAAAUACUACAUAUAACGAAAAGAGAAGCGAAUAAUAAAGGUUACGUGUUACCUCCUCCACAUAUGUUAAAAAGACUUGUUUCGCACAUAGAUGAAAUUACCGAUGUUCGCGAUGAUAGAUGGCAGAUGUACAUGGCAAGUUAUAAGGAAAGCAAGCCUUUGAUAACAAGGCCAGAAAAUAUGCAUAGACAUUUGAGUAUAGACCCCGAGGAGACUAAGAUCGCCAAAAUAUUUAUAUCAGUUAUGAUAUUGAAGCUUUUCGAUUCAUUGACACCUCUUGAUCAACUUAUUUUGAAAUGUGCUUCCGUGAUCGGGGAAACUGUAAAUAGACACAUGUUAGAAAGUUUAAUGGCCAUCACUUCUAAAAGAGACAUCGGUCUUGGUAACGCAUAUAUUUGUUAUUUCUGAAAUAUGAUUGAUGAUUUAGAAAUGCAUAAUUUAUUAGCUCUUACGAAACUCUUCGAAAUACGAAUCUUUGGCUGCGCAAUUGGGGAUUUUACCAAAACUAAAGGCCCUAUAAUAUUUAUCAAAAAUAUACGAAAUAAUGACUCAGAUGUCUUCUGCAAGUGUAUCGGCCUUACUAUUCCAGAUGAAUUGAAAGAUUUGCCAAAAUAUGCUUCUUGUGGGUUGAUAAGAUUCAAAAUGACGAUGUUCCGUGAAACUACUUAUCGAUUACUGACAGAAAAUCAAAAAAUAGAGUUGCACAAUCAAGCACUGAAAUAUUUACAAUAUCAUACAAGACGGUGUAUUUCUUGCGGAGAAGGUCGAUUCGUAAAAUUAUUAGGAGAGGUAUCGAAAAUAGAACAAAGAAAGAAAACGAUAACGCAGUUAGAUGAAAUAUUCGAAGAAGAUAUUUAUGAAGAGGAAGAAGAUGAGAAGAAGAAAAAAGGCAAGAUAUUUCUUACUUGUAUGAACAUAUUUCGAACUAUCGAAAGAAAACCAACACUCACAUUUUCGGAUUUGGACUUUUCCAAUUGCCUAUGUGAUCUGAUAUUGAUGACUACGUACACUCAAAUGCUUGACCAUUGUCGCGGUAUUGGAAAACUGGACAUAAUACUAACUGCUCUUUUAGAGUUUUCAGAAAUUUGUAUAGUUUCUUUUAAUAUACCUCAAGCUAGAAAGCUUUUAAAAGAAAGCGAAGAUGUUCUCGAAAAGCUACUUGAAUUGGACGAAAACGAAAUAGUUAUUUUCCCCUUUUUUGCUGCAAAAAUACAAAUUCUUCAAGGCCAAUGCCUUCUUGAAACUGGCUCUAUUUUUGAAGCUGAAGAAUUAUUCGAAAAGGCAAUGUUAAAUUUAGGAUAUAAAUUUCCAAAACUUGAAAUGAUGAUCGAUAUAAACUCGAUAAUGCAAUUAUUGAAUCUGAAAUUAAAAUUCAUUUUUAUGAAAGAUAUUAAAUAUUUCGAAGAGGAGUAUCAGGAUUAUACUAAACAAUUAGCAACAUGUUUGAUACAAAUGUUUAAACUCUACAGGAUUAGAGGAAUGAAGAAGCACGCUCGUUUAGCAGCAAUUUGGAGUUUGAACGCAGCUUUGGAUCUAACUAGUAAGGAUACGUAUACUCUCUGUAUAUCGCUCAGCAAUAUGUUAAUCACUGCACAUAUGUAUCAAGAUAGAUAUAUCAUACCUUAUUUAGAAGAGAAGGGUAUUCUUAUUUCUAGUGAGAAGACAGGAGUACUCGAAGCUCAAGAACUAAAAGUGAUCGCCCGGCUUUAUGCGGCAAUAUUUUUUUCUCGAUGGUUAAGAGCAGACUGUGCGAAAGCCAUCCACAUUGGUUUCAUUACUAAUAGAAUAGCCAGUAUGAUUGGAUCCACAUCCUUGAAAAUAUUGAUGCUACCACGAUUAAUUCAUUUGUUAUUACUGUCUUGCCGACUCUCGGAAGCAAUCACUCAAUUAAGAGAAUUAGAAUUUGUGUCCCAGAAUCAUUUUGAUAAAUCUGGACGUACUUGGUAUUAUGCACUUUGCGCUGACAUUUAUUUAGAUACCGGAAUGUCAAUUGUAUCUUUCCAAAUUUGCGAACAAUAUUUUCUUCAUGAGGGCGAACGAAUGAUAAGUUUAUACAAUCCAGAAGCAGAAAAUCGAUAUUUCACAUGCAUGUGGCUAUGGUGCAUUAGAACUGAACAAUGGGAUGCUGCAAAAGUAUGGAGAAAUAGAAUCAUAGAAACACCUAUUAUGGAUGAACAUAUAGUAGCAGCAACAAUAACUUUUUUAAAAAAACUCGAAGGAUUAUUAAUUCUUUAUGUGCAUAAAUUAAACACCAGAAAUAUGGCUGCAACUAUUACUAUGAGAGAAAUAAAAAAUAUGUUUAAAUAUGCAAAAAAAGUGACCAAGAUUGUUAUAAUUACAAUUCCCAGAUAUAUGUUAUUAAAAGCAUAUUAUUGGAUGAUAAAAUCACAAAAAAGUAGAGCAAUAAAGAUGUUAAAAAAAGUAAAAAAAAUAUGCGAAAAAAUGGAAAAUAAAUUGAUUCUCAUAUGGGCACAACAUUGUGAAAAGGUUUGGUUAAGCGGAAUUUCUCCUCUACAUACAGAAAUGUGGAAAGAAAUCUCGAAGGUAGAUAAAUGGGAUGAAAUUAAUGCAAAUAAUUCACAUAUGGUAGUCUUUACUUUUCCUCUGCCAAAUUAUCUUUUUUUGUAAUUUUUUAUUAUAAUUUUAAUUAAAAUAGUUAUAAUAUAAUAAUAAAAUAUAUACAACAGCAAAA